UGCGCAUGCGCGCUGCAUCAAAGAGGAAGCACAGCGAGCCUGUCACAAGUUUUAAGUUUGUAUUUUGAAAUAAGAAGUUUCUUGAUACGGAGGAUCACUCACCUUUAUCAGGAGUGUGCGGACAUGAAUUCACUCCUUUAAUGACCGGAUCUGAGCAGCGCACCGUGUGAUCGGACGGGAAUGACCGCUGGAGGACUUUGAUAACGAUACAGUGGACCAGCAUCACACACACACACACACACACACACACACACACACACACACACACACACACACACACCGGGAGGAGGCCAUGUGGUGGUUCCAGGAGGGCCUCUGCAUCCUGCCGGCAGCCCUGGUGAUCUGGACGGCGGCGUCCUUCGUCUUCGCGUACAUCACGGCGGUGGUGCUGAAGCAUGUGGACCCUCUGGUGCCGUACAUCAGUGACACGGGGACGGUGGCACCUGAGAGAUGUGUGUUUGGCAUCAUGUUGGACAUCUCAGCCUUUUUAGGCAUAGCCACAGUCUACGUGCGCUACAAGCAGGUGGAGGCUCUGACCGAUGAGGAGGAGCCUAAAGUCCACAGAUUGAACGGCUUGGGGCUCGUGUUGGGCUUCAUCAGCUCCUUCGGGAUGUGCGUGGUUGCCAAUUUCCAGAAGACCACCCUGUUCUCCAUGCACCUGGUGGGCGCCGUGCUGACCUUCGGGGUCGGAGCUCUCUACAUCCUGGUCCAGACGGGGCUGUCGGUCCUCAUGCAGCCCCACAUCCACAGCAGGACCAUCUACCUGGUGCGUCUGGGCAUCGGACUGUGGACCCUGACCAGCAUCGUCAGCAUGUUCAUAUCCUCCGUCAUCAUGUACAGCAGCCUGGUCGGAGUGGACGUCGUUAACAAGCUCCACUGGACUCCCGGAGAGACGGGUUAUACGCCUCACAUCAUCAGCACCGUGUCUGAAUGGUCGCUGGCUUUCUCCUUCAUCAGCUUCUUCCUCACCUACAUCAGGGAUUUCCAGAAAAUAACCCUGCGAGCAGAAGCAGACCUGCAGAGCAGCCACCUGUACGACUGGCCACACCACGGCGUCGUCUCGUCACGCCCCGGCAAGCGGGAGGUCUCCGAGUCGUCCCCGCUGCUGGCCGGAGCCACAUGACC